UGUCUGUGGUAUUGCGCGCCGUUCUUCGUCUCUCUGGUCUCGUUUGCCAUUUAUGUGUCCAUCGAUUCCGCCAACCAAUUGACCGCCGAAAAGGCGUUCGUAUCGCUGGCUCUCUUCAAUAUACUCCGAUUCCCGCUCACAAUGCUUCCCAAUUUGGUCACCAGUAUUAUCAUGACAAGCGUUUCGGUGAAGCGAUUGAAUAAAUUCUUAAACGCACCCGAAUUGAGUGGUUAUGUGACCAGAGAUUUGGAUGAAAAACAUGCCAUUAAUGUGAGGAACGCGUCAUUCAAUUGGAAGAAAGACACCGACGAAACCGCCGAAGAAGAUAAUCAUUCGACUCUUAGUGGUAUCAACUUUGAGAUCAAGAAGAACUCGUUUGUGGCGAUUGUCGGGUCUGUCGGCUCCGGCAAGAGUUCACUACUGAGCGCACUGUUGGGCGAUAUGGAGCUCGAAAACGGAUCCGUUAACAUCUGUUCCUCGCAGAAGAUAGCGUACGUUCCCCAACAGGCGUGGAUCCAGAACUCGAGUCUCAAGAAUAACAUAUUGUUUGGCAAACCAUUAGAUGAUAAACGAUAUCAACGAGUGAUCGAUGCGUGCGCUCUGAGACCAGACCUGGAGAUCCUUCCCGGAGGCGAUGAGACAGAGAUCGGCGAAAAGGGCAUCAAUUUGAGCGGAGGCCAGAAGCAGAGGGUGAGUCUGGCCCGGGCCUGCUUUAGUGAUGCCGAUCUGUUCCUCUUCGACGACCCAUUAUCUGCCGUUGAUUCACACGUUGGCAAACAUAUCUUCGAAGAAGUGAUGGACUCGAGGACUGGUGUCCUAAAAAAUAAGACCAGAGUUCUGGUGACCAAUAGUCUGACAUUCCUUUCGACGACGGAUCAGAUAAUUGUCUUAACGGACGGAAAGAUCGGAGAGACGGGAACUUUUGACGAGUUAAUGCAACGAAAGGGACACUUCGCUGAUUUGAUUAAUCAGUAUUCGGCCAACAGUUUGAACAAAGAGGAAGAGGACGACAGUGUCGUGAAGAAGAAGUCGGGAACCGUUAAGGAGACGAAAGGAGAGAAAUCAAAACUGGUUGAGGCCGAGAGGGCAGAGACCGGACGAGUCAAGUAUUCCGUGUAUUUCCGAUACUUUAAGGCUAUAUCACUGUUUUGGUGUAUAAUUGUGUUCGUAAACUAUGCGCUGAUGCAGACAUCAGUGGCCGGAACCAGUCUAUGGUUAGCCGAAUGGUCCGAUUCGGUCGAACGGGGCGAGAGAGACAGCACAGCCUAUUAUCUCUCCAUUUAUGGAGUGUUGGGCAUAAUUCAGACGGUGUUCGUAACGUACGGGUGGUAUGCGAUGACUCGGGGCUCUAUCAAAGCGGCCACGUAUUUGCACUUCAAAAUGUUGGAACAGAUAAUGCACUCUCCGAUGUCAUUCUUCGACACCACACCAUUGGGACGGAUACUCAACAGAUUCAGCAAAGAUGUCGACACCUGUGACUCUACUCUUCAGCAAACCAUACGAGUUGUGCUCACCUGUGGUUUCACAACACUUUCCACAUUAGUUAUUAUAUCUAUGCAAAUUCCCAUAUUUUUGGCGAUCAUCGUUCCGGUGGCCAUUAUUUUCUAUUUAAUACAGAAAUUUUAUAUAACAACCUCUCGGCAACUGAAACGACUGGAAUCGAUCACAAAAUCGCCAAUUUAUGCCCAUUUCAGUGAAACCCUGUCCGGUGUGGCCACUAUUCGCGCCUGUAAUUUACACUUCAUUUACAAACUUAUAUAUAAUGGUGUGAGCGAACAGUUUGUGAAAGAGUCGGACGAUAGGCUGGAUCUGAAUAACGCCUGUUUCUACCCCAACGUCGCGGCCAACCGAUGGCUAUCCAUACGACUAGANCUGAAUAACGCCUGUUUCUACCCCAACGUCGCGGCCAACCGAUGGCUAUCCAUACGACUAGAAUAUGUCGCGAACUUUAUUAUAUUGUUUUCGGCUCUCUUUGCGGUCCUUCAGAGGGACUCAUUGGGCGCGAGUCAGGUCGGCCUCAUUGUGUCGUACGCUCUGAGCACAACCCAAAACCUAAACUGGUUGGUGAGGGUUAUAUCCGAUUUGGAGACCAAUAUUGUAGGCGUUGAGCGUAUCCUAGAGUACACUGACUUGAAUACUGAGGCUGAAUGGCAUUUGGAGGCGACAGCGCCUCAGCCCGGAUGGCCUGUCGAAGGAAAUAUUGAUUUUCAAACGUAUUCAACCAAAUAUAGAGUAGGACUCGAUUUAGUUCUCAAACAGAUAUCCAUUAAGAUUAGCGCCGGAGAGAAGGCAUACAACUUCGGCCGAACGGGUGCCGGAAAAUCAUCGCUCACUUUAGCCCUCUUCAGACUCAUUGAGUCGACCGAAGGCAAGAUUAUCAUCGAUGGCGUCAGCAUUAGUGACAUUGGUUUACAUCAGUUA